CCUCGCGAUACAGGCUCAGUGUUGACCGCACGAUACGGUGACUUCAAAGAGGAGUGCUUCCCACGACCAUCCGGUGGAUGCAGUUGCAAUAUUAAAGAUGCUCAAGGCAGACAAUCUGUGCAGUCGUUCAGUGACGAUCAAGAGUGCAAAAUACCCAUUCAUGGUUGGUUGUUAACACUUAACAACUAUAUGAUCGAAACAGCGAUCAAGAAGCAAGCAGUGAACGAAGAGAUCAAAGACAAAUUCGGUGCAUUCAAAGAGAACUGCUUCCCGAAACCCUCAGGAGGAUGUAAAUGCAACGAGAAGAUACACGAUAAAGAAGUUGUGCACGUCUAUGAAAAUGAUGAAGAUUGCAGGGUGAAUGCACCCAGUUCUGCUCAAAAAAUACACCAAAAAUUUGGUGAUUUCAAAGAGAACUGCUUCCCGACUCCGUCGGGUGGGUGUAAAUGCAAUGAAGUUGAUGAGGACGGCACUCAAAUGGUUGCGUUUUAUGACAAUGUUACCGGAUGUAAACUUAAAUUAUCCGAUUCUAUUCGAGGUAUUAUUAUUAUUUGCAUACAUCAGCACUCACUACUCUAA